AUGGCCUGGAUCCACAAGCAGGAUGCCUGGGUGAGGCGGACGGCGCGCCUGGCUGCAGAGGCACCCAACGAGGACUGCGCCGACGCCGGCAGCGGCAGCAGCAACGCCGGCAGCAGCAGCAGCAGCAGCAGCAGCAGCAGCAGCAGCAGCAGCAGCAGCGGCCGCCGCUUGCGCUGCGGCGAGGGCCGGUAUUGGACCGCAGUCGGGCUCAUGCUGACUCAGGCGAGUCACCAGGGAAGUGCGGGCCCGUAA